CAACAAACAACAACCACUGACCACAACACACCAUUAAGCUUCAAAAGCAGCUACCCAUCAGCAAUUUAUGGGCCAAUCUAUGAGCAAUUUGUGAGCCAUGAGCCGGCCACGAGUACCGAAACAUGGCCCAUGAACCUUGACCAUGAGUGUCGCUACAGACCGUCACUGCCUCCUGUCUCCUGCCUCAAACCUCAAACCUCAAAGAACUUACUCGUUACAAUGCCACCAACCCUUAGCUUCUACUCUUCUACUCUUCUACUCUUCUACUCUUCUACUCUUCUACUCUUCUACUCUUCUACUCUUCUACUCUUCUACUCUUCUACUAUGCUAGCUCCUUCCCCCAUGAUAACGAUACCAUGCCCUCCCUGUCUCAACCUUCCUCUUCUAGCCUCACCCUCACUACACUAAACUAACACUUGAUGAUCUCGCUAUGGCUGCCGGACUGCAUGCACAUAGCUUUACUGUGCAUCUCACCACUCACCAUCUUCGACCUUUCUCCCACAAAUAGACUCCGCCCUACUGGAUGCUGCCGUGCGAGGUGCCGCCGAGACCACGACACUGCUUGUCACAGAUUCCACCGUCUUCCUUCCUCUCUUCCUUCCCUGGAUGAUACGAUACGAACGGCGUAUCUUGGCCUUAUGCAAACGAGCGACUUCCUUUACUAGCUGUCUCUUCUGUCAUAUUUCAUUACUUUUGAUACAACAUAUUUAUUCUAUCAAACUCCUGUCGUUAUCGUCUCAUUGGCUCUUCAGUUCGUGUGCCCACCAACGCAACGUUAAAUCCUCACUCCUUCUUACUUUGGCCGGCACUGGAGGGAAGUGACAGGCACAUCAAAACUCACAGAUCUUCAACGGCUUGCAGGAUAGUCCCAAGGUCUGAAGGCAAUAGAUCUUCUAUUUAUGAGCUAGAAGUGAGAUACUGCUACGUAUGAUCUUAUUCGUUCGCCCCAUCGUCUGCCAGGACGUUGAUUACCCUUGGCAUCAAGAUUAAGAAGAUAUCUGGAAGGCUGGAUCCAUUUUAUCUGGUCGACACCCCUACGUUCGAUCACUCGACUAGCAUCGGAUGGCAGUUGUCAGCUAACAACCAAACAUUUACCUGGAUGAUUGUUCCACCAAGACAUAUCUUACUGCCAACGCGGAUACAAUAACGAAAUGGAAGUCGGAUUGAUGCUAAAUGCAUCGCCCGACGAUGGAGACCAGCCACGGCCACUACUCACUGGGGAAGCCGCGAUCCGAAGUCGGACGCCCUGGGAUGCUGGCGGUUAUUCACUACCAGUGAACCACGAUCUGGAUACGACAAUCAGCAAACACAUUCAUCAUCAUGACUCCUCUCUUGAAUCAUCACAGACGUAUCCCACCAAGCAUAGCUUAUCUGACAGCCGCGGAUCCCUCUCUUCUCUUGCUUCUGCAUCAACUUCAACGCACUCAAGACUUUCCUCAGCAUCAACUGUUGGCGGGUUCCAAGUCUUCAACAACUUUACGGACAGUUCCAAAUUAUCAGAUUCUACCCUGGACUGGACCAGUAUUCUGGCAAACUCUGCUACGCUCUCACCAGCUUCCCCUGCCACGUUCAGCUUCCAUCAUUACCCUCCAUCGCCUCGUGCGGAGCUAAUACACGUUCUGGCUCAAAUCGCUGAGGGACGAUUCAUGGAUGCCGACAGCACUUUAGAAGAACACUACAGGGAUAGUGAGAUGGCUGAUGUCGAUGCUAGAGCGACAAGCGCCACCUCUGAACAGCCAGCUCUGUCAAGGACGGCAUCACCAACGGAUGCUUUGCUUAUCAAAAGGCACACACCGCUAACUCCUCAAGAGUCUGAGACAGCUGGAAGUGUGUCUGCCCAGCCUCACCCUUCUGGCGAAGAAAAUAUCGCGCCUUGGAAGUAUCAAUCACGAGCACAGCUAGACCGCCUAAACUCAUUUCCACCAUCGGAGAGCCGCCGAGAGUUUGAGUCUCACUCGGGCCGGUUCGCUAUGGAGUCUAGACGUCAUAAAAGGGCCUUCUCUGAGCCCCAUAUCCAAGGCCAGUCAGGUGCUUCGUUUGGACAACCUACAAGCGAUAUGUUGGCAAGGUAUCGGAGAUCUGAGCCUACUCCACCUUCGUCCCAACAUCCCGAGAAUGAGUCGCCGCAAGCCGAGACUCUGGAUGAUGCGUUGCAUUUAGGUUCGCAGUAUACACCACCACUACAGGACCUGCAUUCAACAUGCAUGUUCAAAGAAGGAUGCGAUACCGGUUCGCAGCCCCGAAAGGCCGUGUCUCACAUCUUUGGGCGCAACAAAAUGUGCACGCGACUCAUCCCAGAGCAUGUUUGGGUGCGAUACUGCCGCAAACACUACCAAAGGAGUCGAUAUCGAGAGCCAAAGAACUGGCCCCGCUGUCAGUGUGAUCUUGUCCAGAAACAGAUCCAGAGACUAGAAGAAUGGAGCGCCGAGAAUGAGCGUCGCGAGGAGGGUGGUGUGGUCAGGAGCUGGGGUCUCGCUGUUCGCAAACGGGAGCAAAAACGACUGGAUGACCUCGCAUUGUCCAAGGCGAGGGGUGGGAGGGGAAAUCCAUAUGUCGGAAACUACGAGGACGUCGACCCUUCCGCACCAGCUACUGCCGUCCCUCUCUGGCUCAGAAGCCUGUGCGGCAAGACCUACAGCACGCUGGACAUCAGAGAUAUAUUCAACCGUGUUCACCAAGAACUCCUAAACUCCCCCAGCCCAGUCUUCCCAGACAUCGAGAUCCUCCCCCACAUCACUCUCGACGGCGACGAAUCCGAAUCCCCCAUGCGCUACGGCGGGCGCCGCAAAACACCCACCACCAGCCACCAGCGAUCCCGAUCCAUGGGCGGCGCCUUACCACCCCCACUCGACAGCUUUCCUGAAGACCUGCAGUUCAACACCGCCCCGAGGUCGAGAUCGAAUAGCAAUUUUGAAAACCAAGAUGGCCCACUCCACCAUAAACGCAAGCGCCGCGACUGCUCCCCUGAAGACGCGGAUGCGGAACUCACGGCGCAGAGCCAGAGGCUUCGGCUUAACGUUACUACGGGGGCGUAUGAAGCGCACCCCUCGAUCCUCUCGGCGUCCUCAAGCGCUAGCGAUGUAUUCCAAACCCACGGCCCAUACAGAUCCCCUCUACGCACGCCACCAGCAUUAACGCCGUCGUUGCAAUCCCUCCCCAGCAUCCUCGCUAGUGAUGGCCCAGCGCCGACACGGUAUCCGUUGCGCUCUAGCUCAACCAUGCUCCUCGCCGCCCCUGAUAACGGACAUCGUCGCUCGAGAUCGGAUGUUAAUGGUUUCCCGUUCCCGGAACAGCCAGUGAUGGUGUCGCAUAUGAGGUCGUAUUUUGGGGCGGGGUAUCAGUUUCCUGAGAACCACGGCCACAGCUCCCACCACAAUCAACCCCACCACCAUAACCAUAGCCACCAGGGGAUGCAGGAGGGGCAGAGGUACCCGUCCGCCAACGUGGCCUUUCCGCGAGGGGGACAUUCGAGACAUCAGAGUACACCUGUGGGGCCGGGAUUGGGUCUUACGCAGCCUGGGGCGAUGCCGCUGCCGCCGCCGUUGGUGAGGGGGGAGGAGAAGUUUGGGGGGGUGUUGGUGUCGAGGGGUGUGAGGGAGGUGGAGAAUUAUGAGAAGCACGCGCGUUGAUGGGUUAUUUUGUUAGACCACUGCCGGCCGCGGGUGGGUUUAUGAUAUACGCCACUCUUUAUUUCUUGCGAUUUAUUUGGUUUCGGUGUAGAUACACAUAUGGCCUGGACUGCACUGAAGGUGGUGGAUAGGCGUUUGUUUCUAUUUCGUCUGCCUGCCUGUCUGUUCAGCUCUGGGGGUUUCAGCUUUCAUUCAUGUUCAUUGUUUGGCUCGAUUAUAUAAAUCCCUGGAGGAUUUCUUUUUUUAUUUGGGCGCAAAAAUGGAAACGGAUGGGGUAGGAUGGGGUAGGAUGGGAUGGAUGGGAGGCAUGGGAAAUGGAAAAAGAACGGGGAAAAUGGCGUCGGGAUCAUUCUGUUGUUUGUGUGCAUUGCGGUGAUUUCGCGGGAAGGGAAGGGUGGUGUAUACAUCAUGGCUGGGCUGGGCUGGGUUGGGAUGGGGCGAGGGGGCCAUGGCUGGAUACAUGGCCUGGUCUAGUUGGUAGCGUGGUAGAUAGUGUCGGAAUAGAAAGCAUGGUUAAGCUCAAUCAAAUCAUCCAUCAAUGAUUCAGUCCGCCUGUCAGUUGAUGACGGCAAGCCGUGCAG